UGCAGAGAGAUGGGUUCAGAUCAACCCUGCAUGGAUUCACUAGAGCGAAGGCCCAUAUUGGGUGACGCCUGUAAGCGGCGGGGCCACCGGUAUAUGCGGAGAAAGCUGAGGCCUGUGCGAAUCUUAGGGUUUGUCUUAAGCCUGGUGGCCAUAAGUGCCGUCUCCUCCUCCUUCAGUGCCUUCACCUGGAGCUCAGGGGGUCUCAGUGAGCAAGUGCUCCCCCAGGAGAGUCUCCAUCAGUCAGCCCCCCACAGGACUCUACUUUUCACCCAACACCAGACAGACCCCAAUGUCUCAGUCGAUAUGCCAAUAGCCAUGAAAUCUACAGCAGAUAACAAUGAGAGCCAGGGGGACUAUCCACCAGACAUUUUUACCCGAGAUGAGAGGCGCAAAGGUGCAGUGGUCCUCCAUAUGUUUGGCAUGAUCUACAUGUUCAUUGCCUUAGCCAUAGUGUGUGACGAAUUCUUCGUCCCAGCGCUGACAGUCAUCACGGAGAAGCUGACCAUUUCAGAUGACGUCGCGGGUGCCACCUUCAUGGCGGCAGGUGGCUCAGCCCCGGAGCUUUUCACCUCCAUUAUCGGGGUCUUCAUCUCACACAGCAACGUGGGCAUCGGGACCAUCGUGGGCUCGGCCGUCUUCAACAUUCUCUUUGUCAUUGGGAUGUGCGCCAUCUUCUCCAAGGAGAUCCUCAAUUUAACAUGGUGGCCGCUCUUCCGUGAUGUCUCCUUCUACAUCCUGGAUCUGAUCAUGCUCAUCAUCUUCUUCCUGGAUAACGUCAUCUCCAUGUGGGAAAGUAUAACGCUGCUCUCAGCCUACGCCGCUUACGUGAUCUUCAUGAAGUUCAACAGCACAGUUGAGGGCUUCGUCAAAGGUUGCAUGAGCAAGAACCAAGUGGUAGAAGUAGAGGUUCAGCCCAAGGAUGAGAAGGCGAGUCCUGGAGCGCCAGAGGAUGACGGCAAGUUGUCGGCCAGACCUCGGCUUCAGAGGGGGGGUAGUUCCGCCUCCCUGCACAACAGCUUGAUGAGGAACAGCAUUUUCCAGCUCAUGAUUCAUACAUUGGACCCUUUAAGUGAAGAAUUUGCUGACUCUGAGCUUGGGACUUAUGGGAAACUAAAAUAUUAUCACUCAAUGACUGAGGAAGGUAAAUUUCGAGAGAAGGCAUCUAUCCUUCACAAGAUCGCUAAAAAGAAAUGCCAAGUCGAGGACAGUGAGAAGGCCAACGGAGUAGCAAGCCGUUCAGACAAGAACCUUCCAAACAGCUCCAGCGUGGAAGUGGAGGUGACACCACCCAUGAAUGGAACCGCAGGUCAAGAGGGGGAAACGGCAGAGGAUGAGGAGGAAGAGGACCAGCCUCUGAGCUUGUCCUGGCCCGAGUCCUGUCGCAAGCGGUUUACCUACCUCUUCAUUAUGCCUGUCGUCAUCCCCCUGUGGCUAACGCUGCCUGAUGUCAGGAAACAGUCGUCAAAGAAGUUCUUCCCCGUCACCUUCGUGGGUGCCAUCUGCUGGAUCGCAGUCUUUUCCUACCUAAUGGUGUGGUGGGCUCACCAGGUUGGAGACACCAUUGGGAUUACCGAGGAGAUUAUGGGUCUGACUAUAUUAGCAGCUGGAACCUCCAUCCCUGAUCUCAUCACCAGUGUUAUUGUGGCACGCAAGGGGCUGGGUGAUAUGGCUGUAUCCAGCUCUGUAGGCUCCAACAUCUUCGAUAUUACUGUCGGACUGCCGUUCCCAUGGCUCAUGUGGUCCUUUUUCAACGGAAUGAGCUCAGUGAAAGUCAGCUCCAACGGCCUCUUCUGUGCCAUCGUGCUCCUCUUCCUCAUGCUCUUAUUUGUCAUCAUCUCCAUCGCCGCCUGCAAGUGGCGCAUGAGCAAGCUGCUCGGCUUCAUUAUGUUCUUGCUGUACUUCGUCUUCCUGGUGGUCAGCGUCAUGCUGGAGGACAAGGUCAUUACCUGUCCCAUAUCCGUCUGA